AGUAACAUCGGCGGCAACAGGCAACAGUGACCCAGUCAAGAUGAGUGGAUCUGGUAAAAGUCUUCUGGGUCUGUGGCUGUAUCGUUCUGGCGAGGAAUGGACCAUCAAACAGAGCGUACCCAAGCCUACGCUGCCCAAGAAGCUGCCGCAGCCUUCACAGUCGUCCCAAGGGGGUUCUCAAGACACACCCAUCAACUCUCUCAUAUUUUCCCUCAAGAACCAGGUCGGAGGUCUAGCAAGAGCUCUGCAGGUGUUUCAGGACCUGGGCGUGAACGUCCUCCACAUAGAGUCUCGUCCCUCGGGCAGACGUGACUCCGAGUACGAGAUCCUGGUGGAGGUGAAGUGCGACAACAAGAGGAUGGACCAGCUGAUGGCUCUGCUGAAGAGAGAGGUCGCCGCCAUCAAUCUGGACACGUUUGAGCAGGGAGUUGACCUGCCACCGCCCACACCUCUCUCCGCUACCGCCUCAUUUGAUUUUGAAGAGAUGCCGUGGUUUCCAAAGAAGAUUUCGGAUUUAGACAAAACCCAAAAAGUGCUCAUGUACGGAACUGAACUGGACGCUGAUCAUCCGGGUUUCAAAGACCCAGUCUACCGACGACGAAGAGAGCAGUUCUCCAACAUCGCACUCGCCUACAAACAUGGCCAGCCGAUACCUCGAGUCAAAUAUACAGAGACUGAGAUUAAAACAUGGGGUGUGGUGUUCCGCGAGCUACAUAAGCUAUACAAGCAGCACGCAUGUCGGGAGUACCUGGAGAAUUGGCCGGAACUGGUCAAGUAUUGCGGAUACAGGGAAGACAACAUCCCUCAGCUUCAAGAUCUCAAUGUCUUUCUUAAAAGGAAGACAGGGUUCCAGCUGCGACCAGUCGCAGGUUAUCUCUCCCCGCGAGACUUCCUCGCAGGACUCGCUUUCCGAGUGUUCCAUUGCACUCAGUACAUCCGCCACAGUUCCGACCCUUACUACACUCCUGAACCGGACUGCUGCCAUGAGUUGUUGGGCCACAUGCCUCUACUAGCCAACGCAGGCUUUGCCCAGUUCUCACAAGAACUCGGGCUUACCUCCUUGGGAGCCUCUGACAGUGAUGUACAGAAACUUGCUACAUUAUACUUCUUCACGGUGGAGUUUGGCAUGUGUAAGCAGGACGGCCAACUGAGAGUGUACGGAGCUGGUUUGCUCUCGUCCAUUGCAGAGUUGAAACACGCCGUUGCGGCCACUGACAAGAUCAAACGGUUUGACCCCGAGGUGACUGUACAUGAGGAAUGUAUCAUUACAGCAUACCAGAAUCACUACUACUACACCGACUCAUUCCAGGAGGCUACUGAGAAGAUGAGGGCGUUUGCUAACACAAUCCAAAGACCCUUCGGAGUGCGCUACAACCCGUACACCCAGAGUGUUGAGGUUCUCACUAACGCACAGAAGAUAGCAGCAAUAGUCUCGGAGCUGCGAGGCGACCUUUGUAUUGUGAGCAACGCACUACGCAAAAUACACGAACACGACGAGACCGUGGACGUGGAGAGCAUCGAGAAAAUGCUUCACACCGGACUACAACUGAACACGGACUGCGAACCUCACGAGCAACUCGAGACCAAAGAAACAAGCGUAGAGAAGGAGAAAGAUUAAAGGGGAAUAGUUGAAAGGGUGAGAUAAGAAAUUAUGUUUUGAGGGAAAGCCACUGAUGAUUGAGGAUUUUUUUUGUUUUUUUCAGGGAUAGAGCUACUUACUUGAGCUUUUACUUGAGAUAAUUUAAGUACUGUAAAAGAGUUAGUAAAUACACAAAAAAUUAUCACAUUGAUCGCAGAUUGAGCAACUAUAUUUUGACCUAGUAAAGGAAUUCUUCAAAGAAUAGAUAGGUGAGAAGUGUCAAUGUUAUGUGUUAUGUGACCUAAGUGAGUUUGUCUAAGCCCACUGCCUCUAGUUUGAUAGCUAAACUGUUGCCUAACCCAAUAAACAACAAAAAUCCUCCUCCUAAACUAUUUAUGGUUUCUUAUUCAACUAUUUAUGAAUAUUAUGAUCAAUGAGCAAAUGUACUGAAGGUGGUACAGAUUUAUGACAUAAAAUAAAAUUGAAACAUUUAUCAGUCUCCAAAGCAGUAUAUAUGUUUUCUCUAAAAUAUAAAAAUUGUUUUUAUUGAGAUUAGAGAAGAACAUCAUUGAUGAGAAAAUUCUGAAAUUCCCAACAAAAAUCUCAUUCUACUUUUCUUCUUUUCUUAUUUACUGACUGCUUCCCAUCGAAUAAACUCGCAACAUUUUCUUUUUGUGUAAAAAAAUAUAUAUUGAAUACUGUCAGGAAACGUCCUAUUUUGCUUACAACUAGAGAUAGCCUAGGUAAUGGAUUUUCAUUUUUCCCAUGAUAAGAAUGAAGAUGAAAUGUUAAAGAAAUGACAACAAUGCAAAACAAUCAGUAACUACUCACUCUGUAUACACUACGACAAUAUUAGUGUUUUAAGCUGUAAUUAUUGCUGAACUUGUAAAUCUCAUGAAACAAUUGUUUACCUUAGAAUACUUCAUUAGUUAGUCUUCAAGAAUGUUUCAUCUAAGCUUUAGUUAAUUAUAAAACCUAAUUGUUAAUGUUAAUGUUUGGGGAAGUUACAAUCUUUAUCCUCUUUGUUCCCGACAGCUGUAGACAUCGUAGAUAAUUUUGUGCAUUAAAAUAUAUUUAUAUCUAUAAUUUGGCUAUAAUAAAAUAUCACUUUGUUGUAA